AUGGUCGCCUCCCUGACCACUCUCGAGAAACGGUACGCCUUUGACAGCCUCGUGUCCGGCUUUAUACUGAUUGCUGACGACGUUAUGGGACUCAUAUCCCGUCCCAUAUUUGGCUACAUUGCUAACAAGGUGCACCGGCCCCGACUCAUAGCCUGGUGUAUGGUGUUGGUAGGCGUGGGCUGCUUUUUAGCUACCGUUCCCUAUUUAAUAUACGGACCGGCGACCCACCUAUUGACGGCCUCUAUAGCCACUAAUAAGUCCAUUGAAUUCUGUGAUAACACUCGCGACCCAAACAGUAGUUGCGAUAAAAAUAGUGAAUCCAAGAGUUCCGUAAUACCCGUCAUAUUCCUGUGGUCGGCAACCGCGCUGAACGGGUUGGGAGGGGCGGCCUUCUGGGGCAUCGGUAUGCCAUUCAUCGAUGACAGCGUCAAGAAGAAGAAGUCACCACUUUUUAUCAGUUUUACUGGAUGUAUGCGUCUAUUGGGUCCGACAAUCGCUUUUCUACUUUCAUCAGUCGUUUUGCGAUAUUAUGAAAACCCUUUGAUUGACCCUGGUAUAACUGACAAAAGGGAUCCUCGAUGGGUGGGAGCAUGGUGGCUGGGAUUUGCUAUAUUUGCCUUGUUAAUACUUAUAUUUAGUUUGCCGUUAUUUUUAUUUCCGGCUAAUUUACGAAACCCAAAGUCUAAAAAGAUAAUCUACAAUAUUAAUGAUAAUAAACAACAAAUAACACCUAAACCUAAACCCAAACCCAAACCUCAUGUCGAGUUAAGUUUGUCCAAACGACUAAUCCGUUUAUUAAAAAAUCCCAUUUACGUGUGCUAUGUAUUGGGAACCACAUUGCGAUUAUUCGGUGUACUGGGUUAUAUGACUUUCAAACCAAAAUACAUGGAGUCCCAGUUCAAAAAGUCAGCCUCCACUGCCAACUUAUUCUCAGGUCUGGUGGGUAUAAUUCCCUCGGCAACUGGAAUCCUAUUAGGCGGAGCCUUUAUAACUUAUGUACAGCCGGGUCCUAUACUAUUGACAUCAUUCAUAACAGUGAUUGAGUUGAUGGGCACAAUUGGCUUCAUAUCGGCCCUAUUCCUGGGCUGUCCGCCCACACCAUUCGCCGCACUUCCCAUCAGUAAUGCUAAUGGUCUUGACACACAAUCCAUGUGCAAUUCCAACUGUGCCUGCUCAGUUCAAACAUUUCAUCCCAUCUGUGGUCCGGAUAACUUUACUAAUUACUUCUCGCCGUGUUUUGCCGGAUGUAAGUCCAUCAUAGAGUCAACUGAUGGUAAACCUCAAUACUCAAUGUGUGAUUGUGUGGGUGGACAAGGAGUGGCCACUGAAGGCUACUGUAGCACAGGUUGUGGCAAUAAGUUUGAGACUUAUAUCACACUUUUCGGUGUCACGUUCAUACCGUACCCAUUAGUCUACGGUGCGGUGACUAACACGGCGUGCGAGGUAUGGGAGUCCAAGUGCGGCAAAACCGGCAAUUGUCUGGUCUAUGAUUCCGAUAAAUUCCGGACUCGACUGCACGGACUAACACUAGUCCUGUAUUUCAUGGGCUCUGUGUUUGACGUAAUCGUCAUAUUCUUGGCUAAAAGGAUCAAA